AUGUCAUCAGAAGACAAUGUACCGGUAAAUAAUAAGCAUUUUAGACCACUAGUUACAGGGGAUAAAUGGUUCAAUAACCCAAAACCAUCACAACCGAUUAUAUUUUCUCAAAAUUCUGGUUUGAAAGUUCAAACAGCAGGACAUAAAGAAAUCGAUUAUUUUAAUUUGUUGGUAUCUGAUAGUUUUUAUAAUCUAGUUAUUGAUGAAACCAAUUUGUAUGCAGUAGAAAUACUAAGUAAAUCGUCAGCGCAGGCCCGUAUUUCACAUUGGAAAGAUCUUACUGUUGAUGAAUUUAAAGUUUUUCUAGGCCUUCUUUUUCAUACAGGCACUAUUCGUUUAAAUAAAUUAGAAGAUUAUUGGAAAACUGAUGAUUUGUUCGAUUUGCAAUGUUUUCGUACACAUAUGAGUAGAAAUCGUUUCCUACUUAUUCUCCGCGCAUUGCAUUUCGGUCAUCCCAAUGAAAAUCAAAAUGACACACUUUUUAGAAUUCAACCCAUUUUAAAUUAUUUUAAUAACAAAAUGGAUGAUAUUUACUACCCCGAAAGAAUUUAUCAAUCGACGAAUCAAUGA